AUGGCUACACCGGGCUACGGUCGAAGUCAAAUUAUUGCACUGUAUCGAAGCUGCCGUCGAUCGAUGUUACGAAUUCCAGAUCCAGCACAACGUGAAAUAUAUAAUACUCACCUUAGAGCCAGCUUCAGAGCCAAAGGACAGUUGUUUCCCGAAUCAAGGGAGGCAAUCUUGGCAAUUGACGAUGCCAGAGAGCAACUCGAUCGAAUGGAAUACUAUCAUUCAAUACGUGAAGAGAAAGAGCGACAACAACGAUUGGACCUUUCGUCGAAACAAAAUGGAUCACCGUUCCCGACUGAAUCAGAAGGUGCUAAAAUGAAUUAUACAAAUGCAACUGGCGUAAGGAAUGAGGUUGUGCGAAAUUGGUUGGGAAGAACACUCCCCCAGUUGCAUUCUGACGAUCUGGCUCACUACGCAUCUCGUCUGGUCGAGGAUGGCUUUGAUUCAGCCGAAAUAUUGGAAACGGACUUGAUGGAAGAAGACUUGGACUUUAUGAAAAAGGCUCAUCGCAGAGCACUGAUUAGAGUGAAGGGCCUUGACGAUACAGCAGUAAGCAAGGUAGAAUAG